AUGAUCUCAUCUAGCACAUGGGUGCCUAGAGGCUAUGCCUCCGAAUUUCCCGAGAAAUACGAAUUGGAUGAUGAGGAGAUGGAAAGGAUUAAUGCUAUGGCUCAACUUGAAAUCAAUGAUGCCAAAGAGGAUUUAGAAGGUGCAAAAAAGACUCUCACUGAUCAAAUUGAUAUUGAUGAUGAUUUAAAAGAGUACGAUUUAGAGCAUUAUGAUGACGAUGACAACGAAGAGAACGGUGGGGAAAAAGUGGCCAUGUUCCCCGGAUUGUCGAGUGCCAAAAUUGAUCAAUCAGAAGAGUCUGAAGAUGUUUACUUGUCAUUACCGACAGAGGUUGAUGAGCAGGAGGAGAAAAAAGAAAACCAAAUAUACCCUACUGAUAAUUUGGUCUUGGCGACAAGAACCGAGGAUGAUAUUUCGUGGUUAGACAUUUAUAUAUAUGAUGAUGGUGCUGGUGCGCCAGUUGGAGCAGAAGAGGAAGAGGAGGAUAAAAUAGAUGCGGACGUGGCCAAGGGCCUUGUGAGAGAUUCAACAUUGUACGUGCAUCAUGAUAUAAUGUUACCUGCAUUUCCUUUAUGUGUCGAAUGGAUAAAUUAUAAACCUGGGCAACUGCAAGUGACUGAUUCAAAUAUUGGGAAUUUUGCUGCUGUUGGUACCUUUGAUCCCCAAAUUGAGUUGUGGAAUUUAGACUAUGUUGACAAAGCGUUUCCUGAUGUCAUACUAGGUGAAAUGUCUGCCAAAAAGAAGAAGAAGCUGAAAAAGUCUGGACACGUAACAACUCAUCACACUGAUGCCGUUUUAUCAUUGACCCAUAACAAAAUACACAGAUCUGUAUUGGGUUCUACAUCCGCUGAUGCCACAGUAAAGCUUUGGGAUCUAAAUACAGGAAUUGCCGUAAAGUCUAUGAACCAAAUUCAUCACGGCAAAACGGUCUCUUCGUCACAAUGGAACCCAACAGAAGCAUCAAUUUUAUUAACGGGUGGAUACGACUCUAAAGUUGCCGUAUCAGAUGUACGACUCAGUGAUAACCUUUCCAAAUACUAUUCUGUUGGUUCUGGCGAAGAAGUGGAGAAUGUGAGAUGGAGCUCCAACUCGGAGGUAUUUUAUGCCGGCACUGGUCAAGGAAAUGUCUAUUGUUUUGAUAUUAAAGCUUCGAAACCAUUAUGGACAUUGCAUGCACAUGACGCUGGUAUCUCAUCAUUGGAUAUUAACAAUUUUAUACCUGGAAUGUUAGUGACAAGUGCAAUGGGGGAAAAGUCCGUCAAGUUAUGGAGAGCACCUGACCUGGGCGGACCUUCAAUGAUCUUGUCAAGAGACUUUGGUCUUGGUAAUGUGUUAACCACAUCAUAUGCAAACGAUAUAGAAGUGGCGGGAAACUUGGUUGUUGGUGGUGUUACCGGUGGUUUGAAGAUGUGGGAUACAUUUUCAAACAGGUCAGUCAAAAACGGAUUUAAAGAUGAAUUAAAAGAGUUGCAGAAUAAAGCUAGGGAGGAGGCAAAAGCUGCUGGACGUGCAUCCAGAAUUGCUAGAAAAUAUCAGAUUGAUGGUAGUGAUACAAUACUAGAAGUUGAUGGCUCUAAAGAUGAUUCAGAAUCUGAAGAUGAAGGCGAGGCAGGUGAAUUUGAAGGCGAAGAGGUUGACGAGGAAAUCGACGAGGAAUAA